AUGGACAUGGCACAGAACGCAACGACAUUGGUCGAACUGCCGGCUCAUGAGACGCGGAGAUUUUCUGGGUUUCUGCCAUUCAUUCUACCAGCAAUCAUCGUUGUCCUUUUCCUAAGCCGCAAAACGCCUUACAAUGCUCCGAGAGUUGGCAAAUCGAGAUGGUGGUCGCUCGUUCCUGGCCAAGUUCCCAUGCGUUUCGAGAUGGACAAGUGGGCCGAGCGUGGGUACCGAAAGUUCCACAAGGCUCUGGGGAAGCCUUUUGUCACAAAGGUUUUCGGGAGGGACUACCUCCUGAUGCCGCCUCGCUACCUCGACGACGUCCGCAAGGCAAACGAGCACAACCUCAACUUUGCCCAGUGCUUCAGCGAGGCCUUCAACGUGCACGUCUCGGCAGGGAAUGUAUAUUCUUCCAACUUGAUGCCUGAUGCGGUGAAGCAGUACCUCAACCCUCAACUGCCAUCGCUGGUGGAAGCGAUGAACGCCGAAUGCGACCACAUUCUGUCCACAGAGCUGGAGGCGGCAAGCGAGUGGAAGACGGUUCAAGCAUUUCCAACGUUCACGGCAAUGGCGCACCGCAUCACCUGCCGCAUCUUGCUGGGCAAGGAGCUGGCGCGCAACAAGGACUUUGUCGAGAGGUCGCAGAGCUUCAACCGCUCCCUGUUCAUCAGCGCAAUCCUCAUCAACGGCGUGGCUCUGGGCCCGCUGAGAAGUCUCAUUGCGUGGAUUGCCGCAGUCAAGCACCGAGCGGACCUCGCCCGCUGCACCAAGCACCUGAUGCCCAAAAUCGAGCAGACGCGCAGCCAGAUGGGCGAGUACGACGACGCGGUAAAGUGGAUGAUCGAGCUCGCAGGAGACGAUGCAGUGGAAUCGAAGCCACAACGGCUGGCGCACCAACUGAUGCACCUCAUGUUUGCCGGCAGCAGUGCGCCCGGCGGCCUCGUGGUGCAGAUGGUGUACCAGAUCCUGACGAGCCCGGAGUACGUCGAGCCGCUGAGGCGAGAGAUGGCCACCACGCUCGAGGAGACGGGCGGAUUCACGGCCAGCUUCCUGUCGCGGACGCCGCUCCUGGAGAGCUUCAUGCGCGAGACGAUGCGGCUCUACCCCACCGGCGUUGUGUCGGUGACGCGAGCGGUCAUGGACGAGCCCUUCCGCUUUCACGACGGCUACACGCUGCCUGUCGGCUCGCGCUUCGCCUUCCCCAUCCACGCCAUCCAUCGGGACCCGGACAACUACGACGAGCCACUGACCUUCCGCGGCUUCAGGUUCGCCGGCGCCGCAGAGGGGAAGCAGGAGACCAACGCUUCCACGGUGGACAAGUCGUUCCUCACAUUCGGAUACGGCCGCCACGCCUGCCCGGGCCGUUUCUACGCGGUCAGGGUGGCGAAGCUCAUAUUUGCAAAGCUGCUCCACGAGUACGACAUGGAGUGGGAUGGACCGGUGACGUCUCGGCCGGCCAACAUGUGCAUAGAGGUGCAGAACGGGCCCAACAUGGAUGCGAAGGGCCCAGAGCAUCCGGCAGAGAGUGUCGUGGCAGUGACAAUGGAGAAGACAGAACAGCAGCACCAGCGGAACGUGCAGCUUGCGGACGGACAGCGUGGCAGGGCGCGGGGCAGGGCGACGACAGUGCUCGCGGCGCUGCUGCUGACGGGGCUGGCCACGGUGGGCGGGACAUGGACACGGUUCUCGCAGAGGCACGAUCCGGUGAAGCAGGUGCUGAACGCGGUGCCGUUGAUUGACGGGCACAACGACUUCCCCAUCUACAUCCGGGCCUUCUACUACAACCACAUCUACGGCAAGAACUUCAGCGAGACGGCAGACCUGGUCGGGCAGGUCGACUUCCCGCGGCUGCAGCAGGGCGGGCUGCGCGGCCAGUUCUGGAGCGCCUACGUCGAGUGUCCCCGCGACGGCGGCGAGGUCGACGACGCGGCGACGUACUACGAGGCGCUGCACCAGACGCUGCAGCAGAUCGACCUGAUCCACCGGCUGGUGGACGCGCACCCGUCGCAGCUGCAGCGGGCCUCGUCGGCGGCCGACGUGUGGGCGCAGUUCAGGCACGGGCAGGCGCAGGCCAUCUCCAGCCUCAUCGGCGUCGAGGGCCUGCACCAGGUGGCCAACAGCGCAUCGGCGCUGCGCCUGUUCCGGACGCUGGGGGUGCGCUACGUGACGCUGACGCACAGCUGCCACAACCGCUUCGCCGACAGCUGCAGCCCGCCCACGCCCCUCCACGGCGGCCUGUCAGCCGCCGGGCGCGACGCCGUGCGCGAGAUGAACCGCCUGGGCCUCAUGGUCGACCUGUCGCACACGUCGGCGGCCACGCAGCGCGACGCCCUGACCGUGUCACGGGCGCCCGUCGUGUACACGCACUCGGCGGCGCAGGCGUUAUGCGACCACCCGCGGAACGUGGCCGACGACGAGCUGCGGGCGCUGCGUGACAACGGCGGCGUCGUCAUGGUCAACUUCUCGCCGGGCUUCGUGACGUGCGGGCCGCGGGCUACGCUCGCCGACGUGGCCGACCACGUCGUGUACCUGGGCCGUCUGGUGGGCUUCAGGCACGUCGGCAUUGGGGCAGAUUUCGACGGCAUGGGCUUCGAUCCGGCGCCCGACGGCCUCGAGCAUGUCGGCACCUACCCGGCCCUGAUCGCCGAGCUGCUGCGCCGCGGCGUGUCGGUCGAGGACGUGCGCGGCGUGGCGGGCGCGAACGUGCUGCGUGUGCUGGCCGACGUGGAGCGCGUUGCGGCAGAGAUGGGCGACGAGGAGCCGCUCGAGGACCGGGUCAAGUCGAUGUUCUGA